CACAAAGAAGACAUCUUGUCAACAGUAGUUUGGAACUGUUGCUCAUAUGUGUAGUGUGCUGUAUUUGUAGUGAAUAAGUGAUGGUGCUGUCCUCCUCGCAGCAGGUCGUGAUGGCGUUCACUGCCGUUCUCCUGGUGUUCGUGUUGUUUCCGCGCAUGUUCGGCAGCGGCAGCCGGGAGAGUCAGUCAUUCGACCCGCGGAUCAGCAGGAAAGGUCCUGGUCCGGGUCUCGGUCCUGGCAGCAUGAAGAGUCAGCAGCAAGUCCACAUGAAUGGAGCACCACCCAAAUCUCAGAAUGUGGAGAACAUGCAUCAGAUGAAGAAACUGAUGGAGCAAGAGUUGAAGAGUGAAAAAUUCAAAUCCAACAGCAACAAGGGCUACGUCUUCACGCUCAUGCCCAUCUACGCCAUCGGUGUCGGACUCUUCGCUGCUUAUAAGUUCCUGAAGAUAAAGUCUGCGAGUGACUCUGAAGCUCAGAAAGCAAAAACAGCUCGAGGAGUGAAGAAAUCAGAGGAGACAGAGAAUCAACUGAAUGAGUUGGAGCUGAGGUUAGCUCAGACAGAGAAGAUGCUCAACUCUAUUCUGACCCAACUGGACCCGCUCACAAACUGUGUGAAAUCUGUUGCCAUGGAGCAGAAAAACGAGAUCAUGUCGCAGCUGCAGUGUAUCCGGCAGCUAAUGAAGAAGAGAGGCAUGGAGUGUCCAAACAUCAGGAUAGAAGAGCCAGCAUGCCAACGCAAUCUUGACAAACUCAUCGAGACUUUGGCUGCCGCUGAAGAGCUUCCAGAAACGGUGCUAGAAUCACAAACAGAUACUGAAACAAAGUCACAUAAUCACAAACCUCUCCAACCUGACUCUGAGGAAGAGGAUGAGCAUGCCGAGGAAGAGGCUGAUAAUGAGAGUGACUCUAGUAUGCCCUCCCUCGAGGACACAGCUGACGUCAGUGAUGAUGUCACCAUCGCUCAGAAAGUUCCAGACGAUCUGACUGGAGGGUUGCGACGACGCAACAGGCCCGAGUAACUAACGAGAAUCGGAUGUACUUUUUUUAAAUGUACAUGUAUAUAUAUAUUUAUUUAUUUAAUUCCUCAUGUGAUGAAACGGUUGACAAUAUUAACUGGUUAUACGCCAGUGUUUUUGGGUUAAAUAUUUAGCAUCUACAUGUUUGACUGUGAUGUACUGUAUGUUGUUCCAAAGAAAAAGAAAAUGUCUUGGUAAUCUGAUAACAUCCUCCAUCCUGAAACAGCUGUCCUUUUCAGCUGGGAAAAUAAUAUGAAUGAAUAAUAUUCAAUAUUCAUUCAGAAAUACUUCACAUUGCUGAGGUAAAAUGGGUAUUUACUGAAUAUCUGUAAGUUUCAUUUGGUCAUUAUCAUGUGAAUUUCCCUCUGUAUUUCUGUGAUGGUUUGCUCAAGCAGGAAUGUGUACAAUAUUUCAUUUGCAUGUUUGUCGUGGUCUAUGCAGGAAAAUUUACACUGAAUGUUUGCAUCAGUUGCAUGUGAAUGACAAUCAUGUGUGCAAAACCUUUUCAGAUUGUGAGGACCUCAAAUAGGAAAUGUUUUGCAUUUCUUAAGAGUUAUCAAUUCUGUAUACAAGUCUGUUUGAUGAUGAAUUUUCCCGAACGGUUUGGCUUUGUGACAGCUUUCAGAUUUAGGCUUUUAAGUGCAUUUUGAAGUUGAAUUAUGCAUACAUGAACACAUCUUAGAAAACGUUCAUGCCCGCCUUUGCUGUCUGUGCCAGCUUUUAAAAACAUUUCUAAAAAGCUACUUUUAAAAGCCUCAUAUUUUAUGAAUACAUUUUGCAUCUGUUUAUUUAGAAGUUGAAUAUUUACGGUGCAUAGUUUUUCAUUGGUUUGCUAAGUGUAUUUUUACUUUAGAGAUUACUUUAAAAACAAUAUGAAAUGUUUUGUUCCCUAUCAGAGUGGAUUCCUACAUCAAGACUUUCAGAAAUAAACGUAGAAGACAGCUACGCUAUUCACACACAUUUUUAUUUGUUCAAACUUGACAAUUGCUGCUCUUUCGGAUGACGAAGUCAUUAUUUUUAUAUAUUCAAAUAAUUUGAGAAUUCUGUUGCAUGGCUUUUGAAUCAUGUGAUACUUUGACCUUUAUUUUGUAUCUGCAGGUCACUGUAUAUGAUUAGCAUGUGAUAAUACACUGUGUACUUCCUGUGCUCAUUAUUUUUGCCUUGUAUGUGAUGUACCUUGUAGUCUAGCAGAUGAAUAUAUAUAUAUAUAUAUAU